AUGAACAGGUUAAGCCUUAUCUCUAAUAAGUUAUGUAGAGGUUUCCAUACUGAUGCGUUUAAAUUAAGUAUUAAAUAUCCACCAAUAAUUACUGCAAAACAAGUUUCAAAUUCAAAAAAACAGAAAAACUUAAGAUUAAGUGUCAAGCCAUUGAAUUCUAAGAAAACUUUAUUGAUAGAUCAAUAUAAAAAUGUUUGGGAUAAUAAUAAAAUGAUUAUUUUUUGUCAUUAUAAUAAUCUUUUGAAACAAGAAGAUCAUCAAUUAAGAUUACAAUUAACGAAUAUUACCAAAAAUAUCAGCGAUCAAGAUGAAAAUAAAAUCAGCUUUAUUCAUAUAAGAAAUAAUUUAUUUAAAGUUUUCUUGCAAAAUAUGAAUCUUGAGGAUCCUGUUGCACCAUAUGAUAAGAAAAAAGAUUAUUCCAAGCUGAUAGUCAAUCAUCCAUUAAAUAAAUUGAUUAAAGGUCCAACUGCUAUAAUUGCGUACCCUAAAGCUGAUUGUAAUAUAAUGAGAUCAAUUGUUCAAUUAAUUUCAAAUUCAAAAGGUAAAUUGAUCCCACUUGGUGGUGUUAUUGAGGGGAAAGUCUUGAAUCUUGACUGGAUUAAUGCAUUCAAUCAAAUCAAUGCUACUCAAGAUCAAUUGUACCAAAUGUUGGUAUCUCAAUUAUCAUACAAUGCUGGUGGUAACUUGAUUGAUACUUUACAACUGUUGUCUAAUAACUUAGUUGGAUCUUUAUCCAUUCACCAGGAUAAUUUGUCUCCUGAAAAUAAACAAUUGAAUGAAUAA